AUGCAAGCGAUGGAUCCUUCGAUUCAGAAGAGUGGGCAGAUUUUUUUGAUGACGUGCCAGGCGAACCAAAAGAACAUGAAGAAACCGACGAAAGAAGCAUGGAUUGCGAGGAAAUGGAUUCUGAAAAGAAAAACAUUCGCGUUUGUCAAUGUUGAAACAAGGUUCCGGAAUCGCACAGCUGAAAAUGUUUUGGCUGAACUUCUGGCUCAAUGCAAGAUCUCCGGGCCUGCAAUUAUUGUAUCUGUUGAUCGACUUCCGAUUAAAGGAGGUGCUAACAAUAAGCACAUGAUAACAUUUAAAUUAGAUGACAUUGAAGAUGUUACAAAAGCCGAACAGAUCAUUAAUAAAAGGGCUUGGAUGAAGAAAUUUUCGGUGCCAAGUCUGACAGGAUUCCAAGUGGCUCCUUCGUAA